AUGCCUCCUCUGUCGGCGUAUACGCCCUUCGAAUCGCUCCUCUUCUUCCAAUCCCUCGCUUCUACAGAUUCGCGUCCUUCCAACUUCGUCUCCAUCUCCGAUCUUCUCCGCAAUAACCCCUUCGUUCGUCAGAAUGUCGCCUACGAUGCCGACCGUUUAUCUCCGGAGGCUCUCGAGGACCUCUAUACGACCUUAAUGCGAGAUGGUCUGGAAACCGCUGCGACCGGACCGAAUGGUCACGCUACCGACUCUUCCGCCAACCCCAAGAAGCGCAAGAUCUCCAGUCCUCGACCCGACGGUGUGGGCGACGGCGUCGCACGUCAUUCCCGCAUGGUUCCCGAAUUAGUCGCUCAUCUGUACGCUAAAUACAAGGAGCUCGUUACGAGGGAGAUCAGACAGGAGGAGAAGCGCUAUCGGGAGAUCAGAGAUGAUAUUGAACGGAUACACAGGGAAGAACAGAAACCUCCACCCGUCCCCGUUCAGCCGUCUCAGGCUCAAGUUCCCGCAGGCGGUCCGGAGCCGAUGGAUUUGGAUGUCAAAGAGGAGGAGAAACAAAUCCAAAGACCGGUCGUGGAAGUCGCAGGCCAAAUCCCGACGACUCGCAUCGAGCCGCAGCAACAACCGCCUCAAUUACCACCGCAGCCCAGACAGUCGAACAUACCCCAACCGCCUCCGGCUCAAGAACCGUCUACCGCGCAGCGACCAUCAGUACCACAGCCCCCACAAGGCCAACCUUUACCGGAUCAGGUAUCACAGUUGCAGCAACCACUGCGGCCGCCGCAGCCUGUCCCGCACUCACAAACGGGUCAUCUACCACCACCGCAUGUCAACGGGAAACCACCUGUGCCACCUCAACCACCUGCUGUUGCGCCUCGCAAUCCUCCGAAUCAAUUACCUCCCACACCACCCGUUCCAUCAGGGCCCGGCACCAGUCCACCUGGGCCUGCGGCACCAGCCGUUCAGGGUCCCAAUGGCUCAAUUGCGCCCGGCGCCGCUUUCGCAACCCCUUCUGUUCCUACUCCAACUCCGCAAAGAACCGCUCAACAGGGUACUCUUCCUACACACGCCAAAGCUCCUCCUCAACUCCCCCCUCAACCCGCAUCUGGCUUUCAACAAUGGCCGUUAAACACGCCUACCCCUCAUACUCCGCAAACCCCCCUUCCUCCCCAUGGAACACCACAGCAUCCGAACACAAUUGCUGCUAGAAGACCAGUUCCAACACCUCAGCAAAUACCACAGACCGAACCUGGGAAACAGUAUCCACAAAUCUUUUCACCAGCAUUACCGACAACCCCCGGACCUCGUACCCAAGUCCAGACACCUCUUGCUGGUCCCCUUGGGGGUUUUGAGACACCCCGGGCUGCCUCAUUUUCGGACUCGCGCAGCUUCCACCAACACCGGCUGUCAAUUGAUACAUCUGGCUCUGCCACGCCCUGGAAGAGACCUCUUCGUUUGAGCAUUCCGCAGUCUCCUGGGUCGCCUGACCGGCCGCGACCAGAGGAUGUGAGUCCCAUCAGUGACAGGGCCCCGUCACCCGAGUUUCCGGAACCAGCACACCACCGGAGAAUGCAGCCUGCAGAAGACAAGAAGGUAACCAGGGCAGAAAAGAAUACGCUGUCGGGCCGAAAGAAGCGUGAGGAGAGCAUACCGUCGUCAAGAAGUCGGGGGCGUUCAAGAUCUGUAUCACAGGUCAAGGUCAAACAUGAGAUGCCCAGCACCCCAGCAGGUGUGCCAGAUGCCGUCGAGGCUGAGCCGCGUGCUACUGCUGGACGGAGGUCUCAAGAUGAACGUCCAGGCCGAGGUCGCCCGAAACGGAAGCGUGAUCCUAGUGAGCCGGGAGAACCAGAGAGUUUCCACGCCGAAAUCAGUCGUUUGGACUCGUCCCAGGCUGGUCAGUAUGUCUUGAGUGCGCGCAAUUUUCCCCGAACCGGAGCGCCCAUUAUGAACGAUGUUACUAUGCACAAGCACGCCUCAAUCUUCACCAAGCCAUUGACGGAACGGGAAGCGCCAGGUUAUCGAGACCUCAUUUACCGGCCGCAGGACCUGAAAUCGAUAAAGUCCUUGAUCCAUCAGGGAAGUAAGGCCGUAACCGCUGCCACAGAAGCCGCCAAUACGCCCGCUGCAGAUGGAGAGUCACCGGCUCCGUCAGGGACGCCUUCGAAGAAUGCGGUGCUAAUGCUACCCAAGACGGAGGAUGUCAUCCCUCCAAAGGCGGUGGUCAAUUCAGCCCAACUUGAGAAGGAGUUGAUCCGCAUGUUCGCGAACGCCAUCAUGUUCAACCCGAUCCCUCAACGCGGGUUUGGUCCGGCUUUCCCCAUGAUCAGCGAAAGUGGAUCAAGAGAAAGCACACAAAUUCCCGAAGCAGACGAAGGGGGCAUCAUCAAAGAUACCGUGGAGAUGUUUGAAGAUGUUGAACAGGCAGUCACCCGAUGGCGGGCAGCAGAACGCACUGCGGAUGAAUUGGCCAGCAAGAGCAUCCUUUCGCUUCGCAGAGCGAGUGAUUUUAAUAAUGCGGACGGUUCGGAUGAUAUGAGGGAACCAUGA